GGCUCUUAGCGACUGCGCAUGGGCUCCGCGGCGGGCGGGGCCAGAAACCCAUGUGCACGCCGCCAUGCUGCGACUCCAUCGGGUCGAGUCCCAAUCUCCAGAUGGGCUACGUCUUGACCUGCGCCUGGUUCGCCUUGAUCUUCGCCGUCGAGUUCUGCGUGAGCCUCGUCACGCAGGAGAGCGAGAGGAGCAUACCCUACGGUGACGAGCUGGAUGUGCUGCGCAUCAUCACUGCCAUGACCACACUUUGCGUGGUGGCCGUGUGGUUCUUCGCCUUGGCCUCCCGGUGCUGCGCGCCCUGCUGCUGCGGCAUGCACAUGGAGAAGGUCCCGGAGCCCUGCCCCUGUGGGGAGUGCUCGCUGAAGAACCCCCGGCUGUUGGACUACCCCUUCCUCUUUGCCUUCGGGGGGCACGUGGUGAGCAGCGUGCUGCUGGACGGGCCCGUGCGCAUGGUCUUCCCCUGGCAGCCGCUGGAGGAGGUGCCCAGAGUCUCCAUCCAUAGGCUAUUGCUGAUUCUGACGCCGAUCUGGAUCCUCUUAGCACUACUCGGAGUUUGCCUGGGCUGGCGAAAGUACCAGCUGCUCAUCAGCGGCGCAGUGCUGCGAAGUGCGCCUCCCGCGAUGGUGGUGGGCCAACCGGUGUCCGCGCCAGUGCCCAGCGGCAGCCCCAGCCUGCCGGACAAAUGAGCGCCGCGACCCCAUGGGCAAUAUGAAGUGGUUCUGCCAGACAAAUGGUAAACGCCUACAUGAAGCGGCAGAACUAGUUUUUUGGUAGAACUGGGUUUGGGUGCUCAAAUGAAUCAGCGCGGCGGGACUUUUCGAGCCUUUCCCUUUUUGGAAAUGAACAUGGGACGCCCCGAGGACCCCUUGAGUCAAGGACCUCCC